AUGGUCACUUUGAUCCUUCCCUUCCACUCUCCCCUUCCAACCUUCUCUUCCAAACUAUCCACAAACCUCCUACGUGUGGCUCAACCUAGCACCUCCGUGGCACAACCUACGCCGUCGCCACUCUUCCCUCCCUCCGCCGUGAUUGCGCCCUCCUCGCCUGUGGAUCCCACCGCCGCGAGUGCAUCACCGCCCCUCCCCCCCCUUCUUCCGCCGCCGCGCCUUCUCUGGCGCCGCCUGCGCAUCCCGCCGCGACGCCUCGUUGCUGCCUCCUCCUCCCCCUGCCGCGACCCCCCGUCGCCGUCUCCCUCCCGCCGCCGCGCCUACUUCGGCGUCGCCCGCGCAUCCCUCCGCCACGGCACCCCUUCGUCGCCUUCCCCUCCCACUGCCACGAAGUCGCAUGCCGCCGAUGCCGCAUUUCUCCACGAUCGCCGCGAAUACCUCAUCCGCAAGGCGGAGUAUGAGGUUGCGGUACAUAACCACGACUUCGCGGUAGCGGAACGCGCCAAUCGCCUGGCGCUCCUUGAUGAGUACAAUACGGCCAUGGUGGACUACCUCCCUCGGAGCAUCGCAUGGGCCACUGCUGAUAACCGCGCCUGCACCGUCCUCCUUGGCGCACUCCCUGGUACCCUUAUGCGCCGUUUCCAAGCUCGCGAGAUGCGCGCCUCCCUCAUCUGGACCGAGCUCCAGGCGAUGUUCGAGCGUCGCGACAUCAGCUCUGUCGGCGCCCUGUUCCAAGAGUACUUCUCCAUCACCCUCGCCACCUGUGAUGGCGCAGUUGACUAUGUGGGGCGCAUGCAGGAGGUCGCUGAUCGCCUUGCGGCACGCCAAGCUGCCCUCCCCGAGCCCCUGCAAAUCCACCGCCUCCUCUACAACCUCACCCCGGACUACGAGUCCCGCCUCCAUGCCUUCACUGAGGCCAACCCAAUGGCCGGCCUCGAUGACGUAGUCCAGUGGAUCAUUGACACGGAGGUCAAGCUCCGUACCCCCGUUGUCAACCUUACCACCCCUCAGUCCUCCUCCUCCACCUCCCUCAACACUACGCAGCCACGCAACCAGGGUGGUCGCAGCGGCGGCGGCGGAGGCCGUGGAGCGGGUGGCGGUGGUGGUGGUGGAGGCCGUGGUGGUGGCGGUGGUGGUAGUGGUGGCCGUGGUGGCCGUGGUGCCGGUGGAGGUGGUGCUGGCAGCACCCCUGGUGGAGGACCCUCCGGUUCUGGUGGUGCUGUGACUCGAGGCGGACGCCCUGGCACUCUCCCCCCAUGCACAUAUGUGCGCCGCCAUGGUCCCCAUGCUGGUACCCCUUGCGGCCAGACCAACCAUCCUCCCACCACGUGCUUUAAGGCACUUGACGACGCCUAG